AUGAAGUUGUUGUAUGACUUGAGAAGAUUGUUUUCCGAUUGUUGUGGACCACAUGGAAAAAUUAUUCUCGUCGGAAAGGAGCAUCAACGAGAUUCAGAUGAAAUUUGCAUGACUUGUUGUUCAUCUGGAAUUUUAAAUUUUGAUUUAUUGGAAUUUUCCUCUGAUCAACAGAGUGACGAAGAAAUUGUGUUUCAAAAAACAAUCAAAAGUUUUCUAAAAUCACAUAAUUUUCAAUAUGGAUUUUAUGGAAGCUCUUUUGGAUUGCUCACAUGUAUCAUGUAUAUAUUGUUCAAAGAAGAUUGUGAAAAUUAUUCUUUAUUCAAGUUAAACUAUUUGCUGCAGAAUGUAGUACCCCAGUGGAUGGACGAAUUCUUUGAUCGACAACAAAUUCCUGUUCAAGCUCUCUCUUUGAAGAUCUUACUGUCCAUAAUGAAAACCAAGUGGUGUGGAAACAAAUUAUUAAGGCUCUCCUCUCAUCAUGUGAAUGUUAUGAGCGCUCUUUCUGUUCGAAUUUUCUCUCAUGUGUUUUUACCGAAAUUUGGAUCCUCUCAAUCGAUUAUAGGAAGAAAAAACGAUGUCAAUUAUGUACAGUUAUAUGGAGAAGGAAUAACGUAUGAAGAUAGUGUGUUGAAAAAAGGAUUGAUUAUGAACAUUCCGUUUCCAGAAAUUGUAAAAUCUGUCACAAAAUCAAAAAACAUCCAGAAUAAGAAAAUUAUUGUAUUUAAGGAAUCCAUCCUUCUGACUCCACCCAAGAGUGAAGAAGCAUACACCGAGAGCAACCUUGGAGCCAUGAUUAAGCUGAGGUCAUCAGGAGAAGAAAAUACGCUUGAUCUUGUUAAAGAGAGAAUCAAAGAGUGGAAACAAAGUGGCAUUGAAAUAGUUGCAUGCCAAAAAUUAAUUGACAAGCCCAUUCAACUCCUCAUGCUAAAGCAUGACAUAAUACCCAUUGAGAGAAUUUCACAAUUUUACAUUGAUGAUGUCAUUCGACUGACAGGUGCUUCUCCAAUUUCCUCCAUUGUUUUUCCAAUUCAAAAAUCAGAUAUUGGACAAAUCACUUCAAUAUCAGAAAUUCAAGUAAUGGGACGAAGUUGUAUUUAUUUCACAAACGAGACAGCAGAAUCCGAAGUGUAUUCUGUAUUACUCUGCUCUCCAUCACAUUCUCAAUCCCUUGAGCUAGAACACGUCAUGAAAAGCGCACAAACAGGUCUCAAACUGCUUGUUUCACAGCCUUUCGUAGUUGCUGGCUCUGGUGUGACUGAAUUUUUAUUAGCUCAAUAUUUUACGGAGCAGUCAAGAUUGGAUAAAUCAAGAAUUUUUUCAAUACUCUCACUGCAAAAAGAAAUGGAACUAAUCACAAGAAGCUUGAACAUGCUGAGCAAAACCAUUGCUCAAAAAGAAUCAUCAAACAUGAUUUUAGAGGAAUACGUCUUGUGUAUGAAACAGAAGAAUUGUGACCUAUCGAGCUCUCUGACUCCUUCCAAACAUGGUCUCGUUGUCACACCCACCUAUUCUUGCUUUUCAUUGAAUUCUCAAGUUACCGAAUCAGAAGCGAAGGAAGUGUUGAGAUAUUCUGUAGAAUUUGAUCGAACAACACAAACGAUGGAAUUCAAUAUUGAUUCACCAAACGAGAACGAAGAGAGAAACAUGAUUUUGGACAUUUCAUUCGCAAAGAAACAAGCGAUUGCCUCUGCGUUUCAAUGUUUUCACACCCUCAUGCAAUCAACACAGACCACUAGACAGUAA